AUGAAAGUCUCAGCAGCUGCGUCGAUAGCGGCACUGUCGUUUACAGUCUUUGCCACCCCCGGCCCCCGAUGUUGCGCCGACCUCGCCGCCGAGCCCUUGCUCCGCAGCAAGGUCUUUCUGCCCGGCAGCGCCGUCUACGACGCGCAAAUAGCGUCCUACUACUCGGCCAACGCCGCCCAACGCGCCUGGUGCAUGGUGCUGCCCGCUUCGACGGCAGACGUGCAGGCCGUCGCGCGCACCAUUAGUCGCCGCCAGUGUCCGUUUGGAAUCCGCGCAGGCGGCCACUCGGCGUGGAAGGGCGCGAGCGGCGUCAAGAACGGCAUCACGGUAGACUUUAGCCACAUGAAUGCGACUAGGUAUAAUGAAGAGACGGGACUCGCGGCGACGCAGCCCGGCGCGCGAUGGGGAUCCGUCUACGAGACGCUCCAUCCGCAUAAUGUGACGGUGGUCGGCGCGCGCACCUCUGUGGUUGGUGUUGGCGGCUUCACCACGGGCGCUGGCUAUUCCUUUCAUAGCAACGGACACGGGUUCUCUUGCGACAAUGUUGCCAAUUGGGAAAUCGUCCUGGCCAAUGGGACUGUCGUUAAUGCCAAUGCCAAGAAGAAUGCAGAUCUUUGGAAGGCGCAAAAGGGCGGCUCCGGCAACCUAGGCUUCGUGACGCGUAUCGACCAUACUAAUGAGACAGUCACCCUGCCUGGCAACCAGCUUUGGGGCGGCUUCACGCAGUACGAGCUCGGUGAACGUGAUGCCGUCUUUAAUGCUUACCUCAACUUUGUCAACAACACGGAAGACAGCUCACCGAACCAAAAUAUUCUCGCUUUGCUCUGGGACAACAAGGAUGGCUUUACUCUCCGCUCCAUUCUCACCAACGCCAACGGCGAGGCAAACAGCACUGCUUUCAACGAGUAUCUCUCCAUCCCCAACCUUGGCAGUACCUUGACCUCUGGCCCGGAAAAGGACAUCAUUCCGCAAUUCACCGACAAACCUAACGUCUGUAGUGCGAAUUGGUUCACCGCCACGGCCAAGCACACCUUCAAGUCGCUCGCCGCCAUUGACGAGCUGCACCACGCGCUCAUCCCCAAGCUGCAGGCGGCUGCGCCCGGCGCGACGUUUAGCACUCUCAUCUCCCUGCAGCCGCUGACGCCCAGCCUUGUCCGGCACGCGGCCGCGCGCGGUGGCAACGUGCUCGGCCUGGAAGCCGUCGUGGCCGACGGGCCCAAGCUCAACUGGCUCUUUUCCAUCACUGUCGACACCGAGGCGCACCAGGCGGCCCUGCUGCCCGUCGCGCAGGCGUUUAUGCACACGGUCAACAAAAAGCAGCGCGACUUGGGCACCUACGUCCCGUGGAUCUACCUUAACUACGCCUGGCGCGACGAGCAGCCGUUUCCGCACUACGGCGCCGAGAAUACGGCGCUGCUGGCCGCGGUCUCGGCCGCGUACGACCCGGAUGGCGUCUUUCAGAAGCUGCGCAAGACCGGUUUCAAGUUGAGCGGCUAA